CACAUGCUGUCACGAGGCUGUCACCUGUAGUUGUCACUCCACUUGUGUCAUUUAAUUGUUUUGGCGAUUAAUAAAUUGAUUUUUUAAAAGAAUUAGACCCGAAUUUAAACUAGUGAAGCACAAAUGGACGAGAACGCGCAGCCGGUUUCCGAAAAUAUCGGAGUUUUCGUGCGGAUACGACCCAUGAACCAAAAAGAAACUUCUGAACAAGAAUCCAAUAUUGUGAUAUGCGACUACAAGGAAAACAUUUUAGCAUUAACUAAAGGGGAAGUUCAUUGCAGAACAUUUAAAUUUGAUCAUAUAUUUGGACCUUUGUCUACUCAGUUGGAUGUAUACGUCAAAGUAGCAGCUCCUAUUGUGGAGCAAGCUUUAACUGGUUAUAAUGGGACAAUUUUCGCGUAUGGACAAACUGGAACCGGCAAAACAUACACAAUGGCAGGGGAAAACAAUGUCGCUGAAUUAAGGGGGAUUAUUCCAAACACUUUCUCCCAUAUUUUUGCCCAAAUCGCACAUGCCAGUGAAGAGAAAUCCUUCGUGGUUAAAGUCACAUACCUUGAAAUUUACAAUGAAGAAGUGCGUGAUCUUUUGUCCGAUAACCCCAACAAAAAAUUGCAAAUUAAGGAGAGAACAGAUAUUGGAGUGUAUGUGAAAGAUCUAAGUGGAUUCACUGUGGAUUCAGUGGAGUCGAUAAUGAAAUUAUUAAAUGCUGGUAAUAAAAAUAGAGUAACGAGGUCUACUUUAAUGAAUGAUGUAAGCAGCCGAUCUCAUGCCAUUUUUACAAUAACUAUUGAAUCAAAAAAUCGAAUGAGCAACAAGACGACAGUUGGCAAGUUGAAUUUGGUAGAUUUAGCGGGAUCCGAAAGAGCUAGCAGAACACAAGCGACCGGUGAAAGACUAAGAGAAGCUAGUAGUAUCAAUCAGUCCCUAUCAGUCUUGGGAAGUGUAAUAUCCGCUUUGGUGGAUGGAAAACAAAAACAUAUCCCAUAUAGAAAUUCGAAACUAACGCGUUUACUGCAGGAUUCAUUAGGAGGAAAUUCAAAAACAUCAAUGAUUGCAAUGUUGAGUCCUGCAGAGAUCGAUUAUGAGGAGAGCAUGUGCACUUUAAGAUAUGCAGCUAGAGUCAAGCAUAUUAAGAACCAUGCCAAGAUUAACGUAGAAGAGAAAGGCCUUAUAGAAGGUUUCGAGCAAGAGAUUGCUGAAUUGCAAGCGAAACUGUCUAGUAUCAGUUUGAAAGCACAACGAUCGAAGAAAAAAGAAAAAUCGUCAGAAAUGAAUUUAGAAAAGGCAAAGAAGGUUGAAGAGGAAAUAGAGAAUACAGAAAAGGAGAAGAAAGAACUGGAGGAGAGAAUGGCGCAAAUACAGAAGAAGAUAAUAGUCGGUGGAGAAAACCUCUUAGAAAAAGCGCAAGAGCAGGAGUUUUUGAUUUUAACUUCAGGGGAAGAGAUAGAAAAUUUAGCUAGAAGUCAUCAGCAACUUAAAGAGCAAUUGGAUAAAAAGGCUGAAGAGAAAAUAGAUAUAGAGGAAAAAUAUUCUUCUCUACAAGAAGAAGAUGUGGGUGUCACUAAAAAAAUAAAAAAAGUGCAGGCUAUGUUGAAAGAAGAGAAGGAAGAGAUGGCCGAUAAAGAUCAGGAGUACCAGAGAGAGAUCGAAGGUUUAAAUGACAACAACUCACUUCUGGUGAGGGAAAUUCAACUGGCCUCUUUAAUGAUAGAGAGUUAUAUUCCCAGCGAGUAUUUGAGGAAAAUCAAUCAGCAUCUGUUGUGGAACCCUGAAACGCAAGAGUACCAAAUGAGAGGGGUCGCUUAUACAGGGAACAACAUGAGGAAACGUCAAACGACACGCACUCAAACCGCAGAGCCCGUUCAAUUCGGGAUGAAGCAAGUUUACCAUAAAUAUCCGGAGAAGAAACGAGAAAAACCAAAGGAGAAAAGGUCUUUACUCAAAUGUUACUCUGCAGUACCAAAGUCGCGUUAGGUUUGCUGCUAGCUUCAGAUUUUUCCAUUAAAUUAUUGGCAUUAUAAUAUUACCUCUAAAUUAAAAGUAUUUGAGUCACUGAGUAAUAUUAUAAAGUGUAUCCCAGUGAAGAAUUAACAGCAUGGAGAACUUUGAUACAGGGUGAGUUAUAUUAGUUAUAUUAUAUUGGUGCCUAAAACCUAAAAUGGAUGUUUUGGAAUUUUUUUUUUUUACAUGGACUUAUUAGGAAAUGAAUGUGAAGAACUCCAUUGUGGUUGAUUUUUACACAUCGGUAAUAUGGCUCUUUUUUUUUGCAUUUAGCUGAUUUUUUUUUUCAUUUUUUUAUUGCUUUCCACUCUGCAAAAUGAAGAAAAAGUGACCAGAAGAAAGAAGAAAACAAAAUCUAUGGCUACAAAACAUGUAGUUAUAUUAUUAAUUAGUAUUUGGGGCACUUGUAAUUGUCAGAUUUUUGCAGUGGGUUUGAAGAUAAUGGCGGGACAAUAUUUCAUUUUGAAAACUACCUAAUUAUUAGCUUAUUAAAAACUAGCAUGCAAAAAAACAGUUUUGGGCUUGCUUAAUUUUUAAAAAUCUUUUUUUUAUUUAUUUCGAAAUGAAUUUUAAAAUAAUUUGAAUGUUUUCGUUCGAUCCAUUUGUUAACCAAUGUUUUGCGCCCUCUGAAAUGUGGCACAUUUUUUAAAAAGUUUUGCUGAUUGUUCUUUUUUUUUUUUUUGCUUUUCACUAAGAAAAAAUAAAGUUAUCCAGUUAUAUUAGUGAUUCAAAUCAAUUAGUAAUUAGUAAUUGUAAUUGCCAUAUUUUUACAGUAGUCUUGAGAAUAAUGGCAGAAAUAAAUUGGUGUGCAAUAUUUCGUUUUGAAAAUUGUCCACUUACUUGAACAAAGUUUCAGUUAAUAAACAAAAGAGUUAUGGCCAAAAACGUUUUAAGUGAUUUUUUUUUAAACUGUAAUGCUAAAAAUUUCGAGUAAAAGUAUCCAAUGUUUUUCGCACAUGGUAAAAGCUGACAUUUUUUGACAAUGGGAUCAUAGAUUUUUUUUUCAAAAAUUCAUUGUAAUUUUGUUAAUAAACAUUUAUAUAAAUUGUUGCCAUAACUGUUUGGUUCAUUACACGAUUCACUCAAACUGUAGCCCAUUUUGUAGGUAUUUUCAAAGCUCACAGCUUUUGUAUAAAACUGUUUUUUAUGAAACCCUGAUCUCAACUACAAGCCAAAAAGAAACUAUUUGUUCACACUUUAAUUGUUAAAGUUGCCCAUUAUCGUUGUUUUUUUUUUAUUUAAUUAAAAAUGAAUGUUUAAAAUAAUUCUCAUGUUUUCGUUCUAUUCCACUGUUGUUGUUUUUUUAUUGCUUUCAAAUAAAAUAAAGCAAAAUUUAAAAAAAAAUGUAUCGCAAUGGUAAUUAAAAUUAUUUCCCCAUAGCUCACUAUUUUACCAUGCUGUUUCUAUUAAGAGAGAAGACACCUAUACACGUUCUAGUCAUGGCAUGAUCUCCAAGCCUAGUAUUAAGUGAAAAGUAUAUUUAUUGCAGUUUACUAGUAAUAAGGAUUCUAUGUUACCAUUUUUUAGUAUUAUUUUUGAUUGAUUUAAUAUAUGUUAUUAUAAAUAUUAGCGGUUCCUUCUAUAGGAUUUUUGUUGAUAUUGGUAUGAGAUGAGAUUACGCGAAAUUUUUGGUGCCUUCAGACUACUGUUUAAUUGACAUCUUCUAUGAUAGACACAAUUUGUAAAGUUGGUGUAUUAACUUUAUUUAUUUUAAGCUGCAUUAUUCAUGCGUUUCGAAUUUUCGGUAUUGUUUUUUUUUGUCCAUUUAAGCACUCCGACCGUUUUG